AUGGAUGGCGAGGUGGCUCUUCCCGAACGCAAAUCCCGCAAAUCAGUCGCCUUUACCGACGAACAAGUCGUAGUCGACGCUGACGGCUCAGUGACCAUGGUCAACGCUACCGACGAAACGAAGGACACGGCCCAGUCCCACACGCCUCCCGCCGAGGAGCUCCCCCCGGCCGAGGACGGUGGCCUCGACCUCUCCCUGCUCAAGAAGAAGAAGAAGAAGAAGGUCAAGGCCGAGGACGACGCCGCCCCCGCCGCCGAGGAUGAUGCCGUCCCCGCCGAGGAUGGCGGUCUCGACCUGACCCUCAAGAAGAAGAAGAAGAAGAAGAGCUCCAAGGUCGAGAAGGACAAGUUCACCGAGCAGCUCGAGGCUCUCGAGAAGGAGGACGACGAGCCCACCGAGGAGGUGGAGGAGGGUGACAUGAACGAGGGCACCGGCAUCUGGGCCCACGACGAGACCAAGUCGAUUGGCUACAGCAUGCUGCUCCAGCGCUUCUUCAGCCAGCUCGCCCAGAAGAACCCCGACCACGCCCUCAGCGGUACCAAGAGCUACAAGAUCCCCCCUCCCCAGUGCAUGCGCGAAGGCAACCGAAAAACCGUCUUUGCCAACAUUGCCGAUAUCUGCAAGCGCAUGAAGCGAACCGAGGAGCACGUCACCGCCUACCUGUUUGCUGAGUUGGGUACCAGCGGUUCCGUCGACGGUAGCCGAAGACUGGUUAUCAAGGGUCGUUUCCAACAGAAGCAGAUUGAGAACGUUGUCCGAAAAUACAUCAUCGAAUACGUCACUUGCAAGACCUGCAAGUCCCCCGACACAGAGCUCAACAAGGGAGAGAACCGUCUGUACUUCAUCACCUGCAACAACUGCGGUUCCCGACGAAGUGUCACUGCCAUCAAGACUGGUUUCUCCGCCCAGGUCGGCAAGCGAAGAAAGAUGCAGGGUUAA